CAAGACGUAACUACGUAGCUUGUUCUUUCUAUUCCGAUCUUCAAACUCUCAACUCAACAGCCAUGUCCAAGAGAAGCUUCAGCCCAUUCAAAGAGCCUGCUCGUGGCUCUCGACCGCUCGUUCAAGAGGAUGCACUGCUAGACUCUGCCUCAGCGGCGAGGAAAGCCUUCCAAGACCGAGACCAGCAUGUUGCAACCCUUCAAGACGAAUUCGAAGCGCUAUCAAUGACCAACUACCAAUAUGUUCAGACCCUCGAAGACCGCGACAAGACAAUCACUAGUCUACAACAACAACUCCAAGAUCACGAGAUCGUGGCCAAACAGCUGGCAGAUCGGUUGGAAGAUAUCAAGCAACACGAUAUCCGACACAAACAAGACCAUAAAACAAUCGUCGUGCUAGAAGCCGGGCUCGAGAACCUCCGAGCGAAAUACGAAAAGGUGUUGGAGAAGGACCACAUACUAAAACAAAGGCUUGAGAAGAGCGAGGACGCGGUUGCAGAGACCGAGGUUGAUAAAGAGCAAGUCGCUAAAUGGAGGAGUGAGUGCGAUGCCGCACGCAAAUACGUCAAAGAGAACAAAGAGUUCAAGACCGUCAAUACAGAGCUCCGAGCUCUACUUGAUGCUGCAACGGCUGAACAGUCUGAAGAUAAGAAACAGCUGAGGAUUGUUGAGCUCGUGCGAAUCAAGCAAAUGUAUGAAAGGGAGGUCAAGGAGCUCCGAUCGACUGUUGAAUUUACGCGGGCCGCUACCACUCAAUCCUCACAGCAUGAGGCAACAGAGAAGAUCGUAAAUCUAGAAGCCCAACUACGUACCGCACAAGAUGAUGCAAGAACCAAAAUAGCAGAGCUGGAAGCCCGACACCAUGCUGAGCAGGACGAGAUAACAAAACAUGCAGCAGAGCUUGAGGCUCGACUCGAAACUGCACACAACGAAACGGAGAAAAGAAUAGUAGACUUGGAAGCCCAGCUCAGCAUCUGCCGAAACUUACCAAGGACGACCGACCAAGACGCGACGGGGAAGAACGAGGCUCUCAAGAAAUCACUGGCGACUGUGAAAAGCUACUUUUCCAGUCAUCACACUGAGGACGAGAGUUCGCAAGAGAUCAUAGAGCUUACCCGAGUGAACCAAGUGAAUGAAAAAGAAAUUCAAGCUCUCAAAUCGACCGUCAGGAAACUUCAGGAAGGCGCGACGGAGCACAAUGAACCAACAAAGUGGAUGCCGGAACCAGUAGCGGAUAUCGUCCUGAAACUUGAGCAAAACCUCAAGCGCAUUGAACAGUGGAGCAGGAAGCACGCAACUGACAGUGUCUUGAACAAAGGGCUGGUCAAGACGCUCUUAACUUCUGAGAAUCCAAUGUCGACGCUGUUGAUUGGCAGGUCGAUGGCAGAAACCGCCUCUUCAGGAGCAGCGCAUGAUAUUGACACAUGGGUAUUCGUUUCGAUGGCCAUCUCUGCAGUCGCUUUGCACUGCAUCAUUGGCGAUCCUUUCUUCGCCUUCCACGGCGAUGAAAAUGAUACAAGCAUGUUUUCCGCUAUCAAUGCCGUAGGCAUUGCUUACGUUAUCCAGGAGAUUGGAUUCGGCGACAAGGAAGGCUCGAAUGCAUGGCGCUGCCAGCUCUUUCGUCUAAUCGAAGCAAGCACAACACACGAGACCGGUAAUCUGAAGUAUCAAGCAGCGAAAACGGGAUGUGAAGUUUCAGCACGACUGGCGAAACACUGUAUCCUUGACAUGGUCGACUUUCUCAACCCAUCAACGGAAGCUGUAGCAGAGCUGGCGAAUAUCUUUCAAGCGUAUGCCGAUAUAGCUUGGAGCUUGUGGGCUCAAAAGUGGCACAUUGAUGUUCUCAGACCAGCAGCUCUGAACAGUAAAUUACAGACGCAACGACUGGAGUACCGGUCCGAUUCACCCUAUAUGGAUGCGCACUCCUUGCACUUCCAUGUCCUGGAGAAUGACGAAAAGGCUCUGGACGGCAAGGAAGUCCUGCAAGUGAUAAGUCCGGCAGUGAUCGUGACGGGGACGGCAGAUGGGAGUGAUUACACCCGGGAGACAGUCUGGGCAAAGGCUGUGGUGUGGAUGGGUUAAGAAGAUAGGAUCAUGCUUCACGCCUCGUUCGUGUGUUGUUGACUGCCAACUAGGUGGGCCCAUUGCGUCCAGGUUCGUCCAAGAGCAAAGGCGUUAUCGUCGCUGGUAGCUUCCUCUCAAACGAAAGCCAGACAUAGUUCAAGUAUAGAAAUUGACAUGUCCCAUGAACAUCCCACCCAGAGGUCGCAAGCUGAUUGACUGACAGAACACUACCUUGUAGGCAAGGGAGAAGGUGGUUCAACAUAUCAUUCUCG